GCGAAUCGCAUAUUUACCGCAUGCCGAUAAAAACGUAAACAAACAACAAUGGCAUUAAAUUUCGACGUAAAUAUAGAAAGCGAGAGUGAAGAAGAUCCAUUCGAAGAUGGAAAUACAGUUAAAAAUAUUCAGGAGCAUUUUCGUCAUGAAUUUACUCAGGUUCAUCAGGAGGCAACAAGUUUGAAACGGAAAUAUAUAACACAUGCUGCAAACAGCAACGAUUUCUCAAAAAUUUCUAUCGGAAUAGGAAAUGAGAUGCAAGUUUAUGACGUUACAGAAAGUGGUUUAAACAAGUAUGUCGGAAAAAAUGAAUUUGGACAAUUUGAACAUCCAGUAUCUGGUUUAAAGUUUUUCCAUGAUGAUCCCAACAUAGUUUUCGCAUCAACAUCAGCAGGUGAAAUUCACAUGUACGAUCUUCGAUCUUUCUCCAGAAUUCAUACGUUCGAAGAUGAUUCGGAGUUGAUAGUGAAACCCGUAAACUGUUUUGAUGUGAAUGCGAAUGAUCGUCUUUUAUGUGCUGGAAGUGAUGAACUCAAUCACAACGUAUACUUAAUGUUCUUUGAUAUUCGUGAAAGAAGAUUCAUGGGAGGAUAUUUUGAGUCACAUCAAGAGGAAGUCACUGAUGUAAAGUUUCAUCCAACAGACCCCGACACACUUUGCAGUGGAUCCACUGAUGGACUUAUAAACAUCUUUGAUUGUAAGAAGGAAAAAGAAGAAGAUGCCUUGCAAUUCAGUUUGAACACAGAAGAUUCAAUAGCAAAACUUCAGUGGCAUUAUCAUGAUAAGCUUUCUUGUAUCACAAAUACCAACGAGCUUCUUCUUUACGAUGCAAACGAACAUGAUUUAUUGAAGAAGUGGAACCGUUCAUCAAUUACCGAAGCCAUCAAAAGGAAAUCAGUUAUUGAUUGCAAUCUUAUCGAUUGCUACAAUUAUGGAACUGACGAGAUGUUAUUAUUAGCAACUUCAAACUAUAACAAAGGAGAAUGCAUCAGAAGUGUGACGUUCAGUGAAAACACUCUCGAUCCUGUUGGAAACUUUUCUGGAAAUUCUCAAAUAAUCAGAGCGAGCUUAUACAAUGCUAAAGAAAAUCUUUUCUUCACAUUUGGUGAAGGUGCAAUCAUUUCUUUGUGGAAGGAAAGUGAAAGUGCUGCAACUAACAUGAACGUCAGCCUCAAGGAAGAUUCUUCAGUUAAAAAGAAACUCAAAAAGAAAUCAAAUCCUUAUUAAAUUUUCAAAGUUUUUAUUAAUGGAUUUUGGAAUAAAAAUUAAUUUCUUUUUAAUAUAA